GUCAGUGAUAAGGCAACAUGGCGGCCAUCAGUACCACAGGUGUUGUUUGACUAGACAAGUGAUACGGCUUAUUCCAUGUGAUACUCUCCUGCCCGUGUCAUAAUGAGUGACCGAGCCGACAGGAGGCGACGAAGCAACAUACGCCAAUAUUCGGCGGAGGACCAAGCUCUCAAUCAGAUAUCGAAAGAGGCUGAGACCAGAUUGCAGGCAAAACGUGCAGCCAGAGCAGAGGCCCGGGAAAUAAGACUGAAGGAAAUUGAGAAACAGCAGAAAGAGGCUGACGAGAAACAUGACCGAGUCCAUGAACUUAUCACCGACCAUGGAAAGAGUCGACUGUCCGGUUCGCGACGCAACAGUAAUGACUCAAAUGACAGUGUGGAGUCCAACAGAGAGCGGGACCGGGAUCUCAAGGCAGAGUUGCGGGAGCUCGAAGAGAAAUAUCGCCAGGCGAUGAUGACAAGUGCCACACUGGACAAUGAGAAACAGACACUGAUAUAUCAAUUAGAGCUUCUCAAAGACCAGAUCGAGGAGAUUGAGGAGUCAUACAUAGAACUGCAGCGAGAACACAAGGACCGGUGUCGAGACUUAGAAAUGAAGAAGAGGUCAUGUACAGAACUAGAAUCAGAAGUUAAGGUGUUACGAGAACAUAUGGUGCUAAAAGACAAAUUGAUUGAGGAGAGUGGUUUUGUGAUCAUGUCCACAGAGAGCGGAGAGUACAAGCUGGAGAAGAACUCAUCCAUGUCCAAUGGUCCAGUGCCAACAGGGGGAUCCGUGCUGCUGUCAUCAGAAUCCAUAGAAAUAUUGAAAGAAGCAGGAGAUGGGUCAUUAGGUACUGCCAAUCAGCAUCAUCUUAGAAGUAGUCCUGUGCAUGAAACUAAACCAUGUAGUGACGGGCGGGGAGGCAGCACAGAAUCAGGGACACCCGAAGGUCAGGGCUCAGACAUACCUUUGGGUAAAAAUGAAGCAGAUGGGGAAAGGGUGGGGGAUAAAUGUGAGCAAGAUCUUCAGGAUGGUUCUGAUUCUGUGUUGGUCCCCAACAAAGGGCUUUGUAAUGAAAAUGGGUCUGAGAGUGGACCAUCUGCUUUAGGUGAUGUUGCAGAUGGUUCUGGCACAGACAUAGAUGGUGGUGAGGGUGGAGUGGUUGCAAGUGUUCUUAAAGAACCCGAGACAGAAUUGGGUGGAGAUGAAUCUGAGUUAAAUGAAGAGGUUGUAGAAGGGACUAAGCAGAAUAAUGAAGAUGGUGAUAAGGGUGUUGAAGUCUUGGGUAGUGAGGGCAGUAAAAGUCUGACUGAACCUCAGGCAAUAUCUCAGUUGGGUGGAGAUGAAUCUGAACUAGGUGGAGAAGAAUCUCAUGAGUUGGAGUCAAAUGAUCAGGAUAAAGAAGGAACUGAGCAGAAUAGUAAAGAUGGUGAUAAGGCUGUUGGUGUCUUGAGUAUUGAGGAGAGUCUUUCAGAAACAAGGUCAGCAGUUCCUGUUCUAGAUCUAGAACUGCAGAGUUCACCUGAUGGGCUGCCUAGAGAUGAUUCUGGCAUAUUCUCCCCUGAUGAUGUUGUAAAUCCCCACGCAGUAUUCUCUGGUCAAGUCAAAAUUAUUGAGCCUGACACUGAUGAAGAGGGGGAUGAGUUCUUUGAUGCAAUCAGUACUCCCUCACCCUUUGCUGUCAAUAAGGACAAGACCAAUUAUGAGUUCUUAGGAGGGAAGGUGGAUCUGCAGCAGAGUGGCAGUAAGGAAGCUGAAGGUCCUGUUGAGCCUGAAGAAUCAGCUUGUGAUACUGAAAGGGUAGGUGAAGAUGAUGAAUUUGAGGAUAGAGUUUGUCACAGUGGGGAUGAACUUGAUGAUAAAGAAUCUAUGGAAGGAGAUGUGGACAGUCUGAGAAAUGUUGAGGAUGGAGUCGCUCAAGACAAGAUAGAAGAUUCUUCAGAGAAGGAGAUAGAAGUGGAUAAUCUUGAGGUGGAGAAAUGUGUUGCCUUAGAAGAGGGUCAAGGUCUAGUUGAGCUGCAUGGAGUUCAAGGGGGAGUUGACAACAGUAACAAUGUUGAAUCUGAAGAAAAUGUUGAAGAAAAAGAUCUGAUAGAGGUAGAAGAUUUUGAACAGGUAGUGAGUGGUGUUACCCAGAACAAGGAUGGAGAGAAAGAGGAUCUGGUAAGUGUUGAGGGUGGAGCUGCAAAAGGAAUUGAUGAAGGCCUACCAGCUAUGGAAGAGGAUCAAGGGAAGGCAGAUGGUUGUGUACCCCCUGAAACAGAUAAAAAGGAAGAAAAGGAUCUGGGUAAAGUUGAGGAGGGAGUUGACAAGAAUGAAGGAAAGGCUGAAGGACAGGGUGAUGUAGAGCUAGAUCAAGAGAAGGAAGACUGUUGUGCUGAGGGUGGAGAUGCAAAGGAAAAGGUUGAAGAAUUUGCCAUCAAGGCUGAUGUUGAUGUAAAAAAUGAGGACAGUAAAGAAGAGGAAGAAAGCCACAGUGAAAGUCCAGAUACUGAGGAGGAAGAAUUGGAGGAUUUUUCGUUAGAUGAAGAUGACAGAAGUGGGGAGGUUAAUGAAUCUGAAAAGAAAGAGACAAUUGAGGAUGUGGAGACUGGGGUCUGCACCAAAGAGCUGAUACAGGGCCAUGUUCAGAGAGAGGAAGAUGAUGGGAGCAAACCUCUGGAUGGACAGCAGGAAAACAUUGACAAGGUUCAGCCAGCAGACUUGGAGGGUAUUGGAGAGACCAAGAAGGAUGACAGUGAAGAUGGAGCAUCUUCAACCAAGGAUGAUGAGUCUGCUAAGGUCAAAGAACAGCAGCUUUCAGAGGGUGAUCAGGGUUCCAGUGAGGAUAUGUCUGAUUUGACAGGUCACAAAGAAACUGAGAAAGAGGAGGCGGAAGAGGGGAGCAGAGAUGAACAAGUGGAUACUGUAGCAUCGGAUCUGUCAGGGACUGAAACUAAUGCUGGGGAAAGAGGAUCUGAUGUCACUGUGGGCACACAAGAUCAAAGUGUCAUUGUUGGGGUGGAAGUUGGUGAUGAGAUUCCAGCAACACAGGAAGAGAAUCCUGUAGCAUCUGAUCAGUCAGGCACUGCAGCUGAUGCUGUGGAAAGAGGAUCUGAUGUCACUGUGGGCACACAAGAUCAAAGUGUCAUUGUUGGUGUGGAAGUUGGUGAUGAGAUUCCAGCAACACAGGAAGAGAAUCCUGUAGCAUCUGAUCAGUCAGGCACUGCAACUGAUGCUGUGGAAAGAGGAUCUGAUGUCACUGUGGGCACACAAGAUCAAAGUGUCAUUGUUGGGGUGGACGAUGGUGAUGAGAUUCCAGCAACACAGGAAGAGAAUCCUGUAGCAUCUGAUCAGUCAGGCACUGCAACUGAUGCUGUGGAAAGAGGAUCUGAUGUCACUGUGGGCACACAAGAUCAAAGUGUCAUUGUUGGUGUGGAAGUUGGUGAUGAGAUUCCAGCAACACAGGAAGAGAAUCCUGUAGCAUCUGAUCAGUCAGGCACUGCAGCUGAUGCUGUGGAAAGAGGAUCUGAUGUCACUGUGGGCACACAAGAUCAAAGUGUCAUUGUUGGUGUGGAAGUUGGUGAUGAGAUUCCAGCAACACAGGAAGAGAACCAAUCUGACAAGACACGGGAAGAUGACGGUGAAGUAAAGAAACUCAAGCGCAGUGAUGAAGAUGAUAAAAAUGUUAUCAAAGAUAAAACAGCAUUGGAUCAGUUUAAUGAUGUGGCAAAAGAACCUUCUGAAGAAACCACUGAUGUCAAUUUUGCUGUCAAGAGUGAAGGAACUGAAGAGUCCAAAAAUGAAAUUCCAGUAAUGGAUGGAAAGGAAGAAUCCACAAGCGACAGAAAUUUGUCAGUUGAGAUAGAACAGCAAGAAGUCUCUGAUGCAGAUGCUACUUGCUCUAAAGAUCCUGCAAACUCAAAGGGAAGUCAAGAAUUAGAGGAAAGUGAGGUUUCAACUGAUAAGAAGGAUGUAACAGUUGAAACUAAGAAUCCAGAAGGUGAUGCAGAAAUGAGGGUCCUGCAAGAUACUGAACCAGGAGAGGCUGUUAAACCAGAAGGAGAAAAGUUAUCUUCAAAUGAAGCUGAUAGUCAAAAUGUGCCUGCAGGGGGCACUGUCUCCUCUCUGGUAGUUGGAGAGGGAAGUCCUGAUAGAAGUGAUGGAAAGGACAGUAUUUACUCCAUAAACCAGGAUUCUUCAAAGCCUGAGGACAAUGUUCCAAUGUCUUCUGAAGAAAACACAGAAGAGACAAAAGUUGAGAAGCAGGAUUGCUCUGAUGAUGGAAGUGGGGAGAGAAUUCAUGGUGAGGAGGGAUCUAAGGAACAGGCAGAAAGUAAACGAGAGGAACCUGAACAAGGACAGAAAGAUAAUGUUUUGAAAAGAUCUGAAUAUUCUGGCGAUUCUGAUGAUGAAGUCUUCAUAAAGGAAGAGGUUCCAAUGAAGUUACUUGAAGAAGAAAUGAAAGAUGUGGACAGUCCCAUGCCUUCAGCAUCUUCCUCUGAACUGAAAAGUGAGAGUCGUAUGAGGAGCGACGGCGAGCUGUCUGAAGAUGACUUGCUGAAUGACGCCUACAGUUUUGAUGACAUUGAUGAAGUCCUGGAAGAUCCCGAAGAUCCCGAAGAUCAAACUGUUUGUGAAGAUGGAAACAAGACUGAAUAUGGCACAACUGCAUCGAAGUCUCACGAAGCUGAAGUACAGAUUGUCAUUGACAAAGCAGAGGACAUGAAAGAGAGUGACCAGUCUGAAGGCAAGGGAGAAACUAUUAGUAUUGGAUCAUAUGCAAAAGCCUCCUCCAGUGAUUCCAUCUCAGUUGGGUCAGGAGACCUUGUGGUGUCUGAUGAUCCGGGCUCUACCAGCAGUGGGGCUGAGGGAGUGUCGGUCAUAUCAGCUCCACUCAGUCCAAAGGAAGGAAAGAAGGGCAAAAAGUUUGGAAAGUUUUUCAAGAGUAUCUUCAAAUAAGAGAUUGAGCUGGACUUAAUCUUACUGGUGCUCUUCCUGGUCUGUCUUUGCUCAAUAACUUGACUUGAAUUAAAAUACAUUUCUAAAAAGUGUUGUUUCAAUGCACUUGUUCGUCAAGUAAAAGGUGGAAAUUAGGUCGAUGCUGUUUUCAAUUUGUGUAGAAUGACUUUACAUUUUAUGGUGAAAUUCAAAAAAUUGUGUGGUUAAGGUCCAUUAAGUUUUCAUUCACUCAUAUCUUAGGGUUUCUUUAAGUUUUAGUUGUUGUUUUUCCAAUUCACAUAUAUAUCAGUAGCUUAAAGCAGGUAGAUGUGUUGGUUUAAAAAAGAUUGCAUUGUAUAUGUUUGAUUUCAAAGUUUGGUGCUCUUGAUAGUUGUCUAGUCACUUGUACUGUCUGAAAGGCAGAGUCCCUCCCUCUUCUUUGGCAUUCUAUGUGGGAAACAUGAAUCAAGUUGAAUACGCAGUGGCAAGCUCAGUUGUCUUUGGUUUGUGUUUAACACUGGAAAGGAAAGUCGUGUUUGCAUGUUGAUGUUCCUCAGUUCUGGCAAUGUGUGGAAUAAGAGCAUGGAUAGUUAGCCAUCCGUUUUGCACCCAAAUUAGCAUAGCAGGUUUGUGGUGAUGUCUGUUGUUAAUUAAGGUUGGGCUUUCAUAAACCUUCUUGUUUGUGAGGUUAACUUAACUAGCAUGUGUGAGAGGAGUGUUUCAAAGUUUCUAUUUGGACUGCAUGAUUAGAGUCAGAGGUUUUUGAUAAUGUUGGACUGUCACAGACAAUCUCAACUUGUGUUCAUCUGCCAUAAAGCAAAUGAGCUAAUGUCCAUUAGUCUAGAUUCAUAUUUGCUACCAUUUUAAUUGGUGUCUUAUCUGAUCCCCACAAGCGCUGAAUCGAUACUAGUGGAGGGACGAUACACCGAUGCAUCGGUGGAUUGCGAUAUUUCACUUCCUGGUACAAAUAUCGAUCACAGUUGCACCCUAAGUUAAAAGUAUCGAUUCUUACCUUAAAUGUAUUCUUUAAUAAAUGUUACACCAAACAAUAAUUAGUAGUGAAAAAGUAAAUAUCUUCAAUCAUUUCACCAUACUUGACACUACCAACUGUAAAUCAUCAGUGUGCCAGGUAUUGAAUAUCCUGUCUAUGAAAACUAUGGGUACUACAGAUACUAGCACAUACAAGUAUCGGGAUACGUAUCGGAUCACACAGUUGGUGUAUCGUCCCAGCCCUAAUCGAUACACAGAAGUCACAAGACAAAAUGUCUCAAUACCUUGUUCUGAAUGCACCAUUUGGAUAACAUUGUGUAUUUGUUUAGUGUAGCAAUGGAAACAAAACAUGAUUAUUUUUAAGAAAAGUAUGUAUCAAACUGUCAUGUUUAUUUAAGACAACACAAAAUACAUGUAGAGAUGUAAUAAUGAAAUUCACAUAUCAAAUCUGAAGUGAUCAGUACUAGUUUUUAAACUCAAUGGCUUGAGUAGCUCUUAAUAUUUUCAGUAAAUUUCAGUGUCAUUAUUUGGACUUUAAUUAGCUGUACUUUACUAGACAGAACAGAAUCUCACUAGGCUUGGGCUGCAGGGUAGUGGCCCAAGUCGCAGACUGUAAUGUGUGAGGUGACAGCUACAACUACACAAGUGUGUUAUGUAGAGUAUCACUGAGUUUGACAAAGCUCCAUAGAGUCCAUAUGUGUGAUGCCUGCAUUGGAUCAGUAAAUAAAGAUCUGUGAACAAACCUAGAUACACAAUUUGAAAAGGAUACAUUAAGUACUUACGCAGAGUGUUGUUAUGAUAUUGGAUUUUUUUACUUUUUUUAUGAGUGUUUGUGUGCAAACAACUAAAAAUCAGUUGGUAAUGGUGAUUUAUUUUGCAUAUUUUAUGCAAGUAAGCAGUUUAGGAGGAGCUCUGGUUUCGUGUGAUUGUUCACUGCCACAUUAGUGUUCGAACUUAAGUCGAUGGGUCUUUGUCAUCAACCUAAUGUCCACCGACUAUGGAGUUCCUGUAUUCAAAUACUAUAGGGGAAUAUGGGAAACCUAAAAGGCCCAAGGACCUGUUAACUUCGAACACUGAUUUAUCCUUCCUUUCUGCUUGAAUCUAUUCAAACUCUGGUGAUAUUAUGUUUGAUAUCCUUGUUUAUUUCUUGCAAUUGAGCUUCACUUUUCUUUCAACACACUGCACUUGAAUGAAAUGUCAAUCAUUACUUAUGAUAUAAUGUGAUCACGGGCUUGGUCCUCAAGAUGGGGUGUUGCCUAAGGCAAUUCACUGUGCAGAGUUGUGACCCUAAGGCAUGCCAGGAUCUUAUGAGCAUUAGUUUCCAUGCCCUGAUAAGGAUACACCCAUGGAUACUUUUCAGACCUGCAUCGCUCACCAACUUUCCUCCCACAUUAAUGAAACCCAGUGAUGUGACUGAAAUGUUGUUCAGUAUGGCAUUAUGGUCACUCCUUAUGACGAUAUUCCUGUUAUUGACCAUGUUUUUUCUGAUUGAUGCUAUACACAGUAGACAGAAGAUUUAUAGACCCUGUAAACAGUGUCUAGUAAUAGUCAAGGUGGACGUUUGUUUGUGAAACAAGGCCGCAUCAGCAUGAUCAGUAGGGAAAUAUUACGAGGCCAGUUUUCACUUGGACGGGUCUCUUUUCUGUUGUUUCCUGCCUGCAUAUUGUAUGAAUUUGAACGAUAAUGGAAGUGAAACUGACCCAGACUUCUGCUCGGGUAAUUCACUCUCAUAUCAGUCCUCAUGAGUGUGUCAUUGAACAACAACCAACAGACAUUCAUCAUAUUCGUUUCUUUUGAACAUGAGUAUAAUGUGAUCAAAUCGUGCAUUCAGUAGUUUAUCCAAUACAGUCCUGCCAUACUGGUACCUGAUAGCAUUGUAACUUAUGCCAAACUGCCAGCGUCAUAAAUUUUAAAUGACCUGUCCUGCUGUGUUGAUGUCUGUGGCAUGUUUGUGCAAUCCUACUUUGGUAUGUCAGUUUUUAACCACCAGUCCUGCCAUUCAGAACUUCAACAUCUUAGCCUACGUGUGACUGUCUUCGUGAUCUAGUAGAUAGGGUGUCUGCCUGGAGACUGCCUCCGUGAUCUAGUAGAUAGAGUGUCUGCCCGGAGACUGCCUCUGUGGUGUAGUUGAUGAGUGUCUGCCCAGAGACUGCCUCCAUGGUAUAGUUGAUGAGUGUCUGCCCGGAGAAUGCCUCCAUGGUGUAGUUGAUGAGUGUCUGCCCGGAGACUGCCACCAUGGUGUAGUUGAUGAGUGUCUGCCCGGAGACUGCCUCCGUGGUGUAGUUGAUGAGUGUCUGCCCGGAGACUGCCUCUGUGGUGUAGUUGAUGAGUGUCUGCCCGGACACUGCCUCCGUGGUGUAGUUGAUGAGUGUCUGCCCGGAGACUGCCUCUGUGGUGUAGUUGAUGAGUGUCUGCCUGGAGACUGCCUCUGUGGUGUAGUUGAUGAGUGUCUGCCCGGAGACUGCCUCCGUCAUCUCGAGUCUGCCCGCAUCUUGUUGGCUAGUUGGCAGUUGGCAGUAUAAAUCUGGCAGUAUAAAUCCCCUUCCCCCCCCCCCCCCCCCCUCUCUCUCUCUCUCUCUCUCCCUCUCUCUCUCUCUCUCGCUGUUGUGUUAAUUUGGUAAUCUUGAUCUUUUCAAUGCAUGCCGUCUUAGGUGUUCACCACUGUGAUAAUGCUGGAAUAUUGCUUAAAGCUCUCUACAGCUAUACUGAUUGAUUCAGUGAUUCCGAUAAGUUGCUUACAUUUAGCCAUCGUGUAUAUAUGAUAUACAGUUCCUCCCCGUGUUUGAGAAUUCUACUUUCUUGUAGCCUUUUGAUGAUGUUGAUAGUAGGGGGUGGGGUGUUUUAUUCGUUUCCUAGUAGUAGUAGUAGUAGUAGUAGUAGUAGUAGUAGUAGUAGUAGUAGUAGUAGUAUGGUAGUGUUUGAAGCAAAGGAGUGGUAUUGUUUCAUAGGCAUUUCAACUUCUUUAUUAUACUGUAUUAUAUUGUCAAGCAACAGUAUGAGGAUCUAUACUGAAACGUCACUAUUAAUUAAGAAGUUCUUAUCCAUAAAUGUUUAAUUUACUUUGCCAAUCUUGCAGUAGUAUUUGAAGCAGUGGAGUAGUACUUGAAGCAGUGGAGUAGUAUUUGAAGCAGUGGAGUAGUACUUGAAGCAGUUGUGGAGAUCAGUAUUCAUCUGCUAUUUGAUGUCUGUACAUAUUUACGGAGUACUAUUUUUGUAUUUACUAGUUAUGAUUGUUUGCAUGGCAGCGGUAUGUUCAUUUGAACAAGUCAUACACAAAAGCUUGAACUUAGUAUAAUAGUAACAAAACAGAAAAUGAUCUAGUUUUAUCUGCACAGGAUAGGUCUGGGGAUUUUGUCACUGAAAUCCUUUAUUAACCUGUAGAUGUCAUCUUGGAUAUUGGUCAUAUCAAGAUUUAGUGUAUUUUUUCAUAUAGUAAUUUUAAUGUGAUUAUGCAUAAUUCAAUCUUUAGGGUUAGGAAAAAACUGAUUGAAAUGUGAAUAUGCAUAAUUCAAUCUUUAGGGUUAGGAAAAAACUGAUUGAAUUGAAUCAGUAAAUUUGUCUGUGUACCUUGUUUGUGGAUCUGUGAGGAUCCCGUCACAGUUUUGUUUAGGUGAUAACUCUGUGAAUUAGGGGAUUGCAAAUAUAACUAUUAGCCAUAUCCCCUGUAACCAUCUUCUUGAUUGAGAAACAUUCCUGUAGACAUUUAAGUGUGCUCUUGACCAAACACAGGCACGUGAUUCUGUCACAAGGGGCAAUAUUUUAACAAGGGACACUAUUCUAACUCUAUUUGCUCAGACUCUUUCAUAACAAAGUGGCCCAGUCGUCUAAGGCGGUGCAAUUCGCUGUGCAGAGUUGCGUCCCUUGGGCACGCCAGAAACCUAUGAUUGUGGGUUCGAAUCCCGGUUCGCCCCGAUUGUGUUUCUAGGUUUGUCAGCACCAUACCUGUGCUCGUGGGUUUCUCCGAUGUGGUAAACGUCGGAGACCUGCAUCACUUCAGGCUUUCCUCCAACAUUAAGCUGACGCGCCGUGAUAUAACUGGAAUAAUGUUAGAAGCGGCGUUAAACCCAGCUCACUCACUCACUCACUCUUCUUGAUUGAGAAACGUUCCAGUAGACAUUUAAGUGUGCUCUUGACCAAACACAGGCACAUGAUUCUGUCUCAAGGGGCAAUAUUUGUCCUAUUUAACUGUUUGCUCAGACUCUAUUAUAACAAAUCAGUCAGUUGAUGAUAGAAUUGUCUUUCAUUCCUGUUAUGCAAAACAUUCCUAGAGUGAGAGUCCGAGCUCCAUCCAGUGGAUACUUCUCAACUCUUAGUUUAUUCUGCUAUUACAUAUCUCCUUAUUCCUUAUAGAUUGUAUUUUUAUUAAUACUGAAAAUGUAUGGCAACUAUUUCUUAUGAUUCUGUGUUUAAGAAGUUUAAAUCAAAAUUAACUGAAACGAAUGUGAUAAUCAUAUUUUUUAAUUGGAAAUAUCAAAGUCAGCAUAUUUGCCAGUCCAGAGAAGACUUUGUUGUAAAUAAGCCACUUUUGUUUCUAUAUCGCCAUGAUUGGGCUAAAGAUCUUAACGGAGGUAAUUCGUUGUUACCAGAUCUUUUGAAAAAUCUAUUUUAUCAUCUCAUAUUAUACAUAAUAUAUAUUUACACCCAUUUAGAUAGCCAGUCUCUACAUAACCUAAUAAAACUGCACUAAUAUAUCAAACAUGUUUUGACAUUUUACAAACUAUUUAGCAUAUAUAUCAAGUUAUUUAUUCUAUGAUAUGCAGGUGUGAUUAUCAUUGUCUUGCAUAUUAUUACCAAGCUUGAUGCUUUGAUGCUGUGAUAUUUCUGCUCUAUGCUUAAUAAUGCUGAUCUGUACACUGUAGUCCUGUAUACUACUGGUAACUGUGGAAGCAGCAUGCCAGACUUCCUGUAUUUCUCAUAUGCAUAAAUGUAGGGCUGGUUGUCGAUAUAGAUCUUAGAGAUCAAUAAUUGCUAACUAAAUAUCGAUCAGUUUUCGAUAAGUAUUGAAGAAGGAACUUUAAGCAAAUAUGCAAGAAAGUCCUGAAAGAAGUCAACAGAUUUCACGCCACUUGUGACUAGUGACACAUGUAGUAUGGAUUACUUUGUGGACAUGAGAUAUAACAAAAACAGUUGCUUUCCGUCCUCGGCAAUUGACAUUAUUGACAAUGACAAAUCUGUUUUGGUAAAUCUAAACUUUACUUUGUUCAAUAGUUGAUGUGAGUUGUUAUUAAUGACAACAGUUUCAUGUCGAUUAUCGUUAAUAUUUCUUCCCAUCGAUGAUAAUUCCAAUUAUCAAUCUUUUCAGCCAGCCCUACAUUACUGUAUAAGGUGCCCUGGUUCGGGUUGCACACAGCAGCCUUAGCGCUAAGACCAUCGUAACUCCCUUACUUACCCACGGACUUACAAGUAGUCUUAGUGUUGAGAUUGCCUGUAGCGUUAGAAAUUGGCACUAGUACUGUAGUCCUUGCCAACUGCCCAAUAGUUAAGGUAUCAUUAGGACUGUGGGAAACUUGCCAUUUUUAAAGGUUUUGUUGUAUGUUAUCAUGAUAAGGACUCGUGGACUAAAAAUGUUAGUUUUUGCAGCUGCUUUGUGCAAGGGGGCCCAGGGUUCAUAAAUGGUUCCAUGGAUAGGAGCUUAAUUUUGUAGGGUUUCAGAUUGUUUUAGUUUAAGUGUUGGAAUAUUUUAUUUUAUUAACUUAAUCCAUGCUAGAUGUAAAGAAAGUCUCUUACUAAGGACUUUUAAAUGUUUUCAGAACAUUGACUCUGAUGGAGUAGAUUUAUUGGAGCAGGGAGCCCUAUAUGUUAGCUAUUGUACAUAACAAACAGAUAAUCAUAGAGGUCCAAUCAGUCUUAGAGAUAACCAAGGGUCCUGUAGGUAGUUGGUUAUAGUUCUGUACAGUAGCAUUGUUUACAUUCCACCGAUGAGUUGGGUCUGCUGUCGUCAGUAUAGGUUUUCUCCAACACUUAGUAACAUGAAGAAAGUGCACUGUUUUAUUAUUUGAUGCACACUGAUUUUCAAAUGAGCCCAAGUUUGUAAUUGUCUUACCAACCAUGUUUGGUGACUUUUUAUAUUCAUUUUCUUUGGAUCAUUUAUUUGAUAUUUUUUAUUGCUUUGUUUGAACUCCUCUUGUGUGUGUGUCAAAUUGUGGUUCAAGUCUUCUGACUUAACAAACAGGCUAUUAAAUAUUGUCAAGGACACAGUGCCCAACCCAGGCCCGCGAUUACGCUAUUCACGCUAAAAAAAUCAAAUCGCCCCUCAUAAAAGAAUCAAAGCGCGAUCUGUCGCGCACAGUAAUUUCUUGUACAGUCACUUACUUUAUCAGCUGUUUAUCCCUACCUCUAGAUUCAAUACUCACUAAAUCUUUAAUCAAUUAACGAAGAAAGACAGUUCACAGCAAACAUUGUAAACAACUGUCGAAGACCGAUUGAUAACAACCGGAAGUUUGAACACGAGUGACAUCCCUUGGGUUGCUGUAUAAAUUAUCGAUAGGAUUGGCAAAGGAAACGAAAUUUGAUUUACUUUAGUAGAAAACGUAUCAAAACUUUGAUCAAAAUUAUGUUGUAUUUUGUUGUUUAGUAAUCAAAAACCUUUGACAAGAUGUUUAAAGACAAUAAAUAUUCUAUCUUGAAUAGUUCUGAAAAUAUUUUUGAGCAUUUUAGUUCGUUUUAGUUUCGUUUCUGAAAUCACACUAUAUGAAUCGCCGACUGUCAUAGCAGACGAUCUUUUGAAUAGUGAAUGACCAUGUCGUGCAAAAACAAAAGAAUUACAGACUUUUUUAAUCAAAAUAGAAAAAAGCACAAAGUAUUGUUAUUCAUUUCAGUUCUUUAUUCUGAUCUGUUACACUUUUAUAUGAUGAUGUUCCAGUACAUAAUACAAAAUAAGACAUUUUUUAAGAAAGCAAUUAUCCCCCCUACUUUUUCAAAAUCCCCCCUAUUUUCUACAUGAUGGGGGGACAAGUCCCCCCUUGAUUUUUAAUUCUGGGUUGGACACUGAGUACCUCCAUCACAGAGCUGUGAAGAUAUCUAUUUAUGUCAUAUGACAAAUCAAUCAAAUUAUUCAGCAAUGCAUAAUCAAAGAAGGAUAUACAUUAUCUAACAUUAUCACAUAUAUAAAGAUGAUCGGUUUCAUAAGUUACUAUGAUGACUAAGUAUUACUGCUAUUAAUUACAUGAUAAUCCCAGAAAUGCUAUAUACUACCCAAUACUAUUAUGUGUUAUAAGUGCUAUGUAUUAUCUACAUAAUCCUGACACACAAUCAGCAUAAAUGUGGUCUUGCCAAGUACGUUACAACGCAGUGGUAUAACUCCAUGAGUCCGAGCCUCAUUAUGUAAUAAGAGGCAAAAUGUCGAAACAUUCCAUAAACACAAGGAGUCGAAAUAUGAGCCACUCGCCAUUGCCUAUAGCUAAAUGACCCAUGAUAAAGAAAUUCCUUGGCCGAGUGGACUGGUUUUGUUAUUGCACUCACCUGUAUGUUAUUACAUGGGCAAGUUCUAAAUAAAUUGUUAGCUUGAAGCACAGAUUCAAGAUGCAGUUUUCUUGCCGUCCUGAUAGAGUAUUGCCGUUCUGAAGUACUUGAUUCCAUGCACACACUGUGUAGAGCCAGCCUUGCUCUUCCAGUGUAACACUGAGAUCCUCAAAUGGUAUAAAAGAGUGAUUCAGACAGGUUGAAAUGUUUCACCUAACAUUUAAGAUAAUCGUGUAGACAAAUAUUAGCACUCCUGGGUUUCUAUCGGUGUUGUUAUGGCUGCUGAUGUUGAUGUACGCCAUAUCAUGUUCCCACAUAGGCCUACAAGGAUAUGCUACUUUUCUGGUCACAAUCGUCAUGGUUACUCUUUGGUAGGUUUCUCUUUGCCAGCUUUUUGUGAAUGUUUACUGAAGUUUAUAGCAUACCUGAAGCCAAAUGAUGCAUGUACGUGGUGGUUUCUUCUUCCCAGGGUUCCAUAGGAACAUAAGUCUGAGAGUUAAGAGACUUGUAAACUCCAGGAAGGAUUUGUGUCAUUUCCUUGUCGACUUCCAUUUUCACCAUUACGUAGAUGCAACAGGUGAUCUUUGAUGACUAGAGAAAUAAGCAUUAAUUCCUAACCCUGGUUCCAUGUGUGAUAGUCUACUGCUUGGGUCACCUGUUAUGUACGGUCAUAUCAGUUCUCUGGUCUUUAUAUCAGAUGAAUAUGUAAUCCGUCUUGUCCAUAUUUAUUAUUUUGUUUUGGCGCCAGAAUAUACAUGAUAUACCUAAAAGGGCAACAAUAUUCUCUUGAGAUAUUACGGAGCUGUUCUGUUGAACAAGGUUUGGGGUUUAUCAUAUAAAUCCUCAGCUAUUGUUUCAGUUGAUAAAAUAAGAUUAUUUUUUCUUUCGUCUUUUCGAGUGUUUUAUGUCAGUUGAAUUUCUGGGUUUUAGUUUAUUUAGGUAUUGGAGGCUCAUGAAAACAUUGAGGUUGAAUUGAUGCCCUUUUAGGGUUUCCAUGGUGAUGGAGUUAUGAGGUGAAAUGUUGUGAGAUCACUUUCUGACCACAGGCUUAAAUCCAGUUAAUGUGAUAUGAUGUAAGUAAUCUGUAGAUAGAGCCAUGCCCAUGCGGUGAGGGACAAAUGUCUCAAGGCACAUAGCUAGGAGGGGGCUGGGAGUCACUCAGCUAGAAAAAAGGUGUGGGGUCUGGAGAUACAUAGCUAGAAGGCAGGGCAGGGGUCUGGGAAAAAGGGGAGUGUGUGUUGGGGACAUAGC